ACCGUGUUAGGAUUAUAAAAAUUCGGCACUCUGUCCAACACCUAUUACCUCUGUAUAAAUCCAAAUUUAUGCCUGUUCCUCACCCCAUUCUCUCACACAUUCCCCUUUUCACCUUAUUAAAAUUUUGAAAUGCUGAUGUUGUUGUUGGUGCUCUCAAAAUGGGGAUAGAUUAGCUGGUGUAAAGAAGCAAAUCUAAUAUUGUGUCUUUUUGAGUGUGCCUGGUGUAAAGAUCAUAAAGAUUCAAUUUUUGAUCUGUCAGUGUAAGCAAAUUAAAAAAAAAAAAAACAGGAAGAGUACUUUAAUUUUAUUUUUUUUUAAAUUAUUCUUUUUGGUCUGAAAUUGCUGUGUCAGUCUUUGGAGUACAACACACAUGGAACAUGGUUGAUAAUUCAAGAAAGGAAAAAAAGUUUAAAGUGAGGGUUGGUUUAGCUAUCUUUGCACUUUUGAGUUUUGUUUAAGUUGUGUUUGGUAGAGAAGAGAAGUGAAAAAUAAAAAAAAAUGGGUUGCUGGUAUUCAAGAUUAGAGAGAGAAGAGUUGGUGUCCAGAUGCAAAGCUCGAAAGAAAUACAUGAAACAGUUAGUUAAAUCAAGACAAGCUUUUUCUGCUUCUCAUUCUAUGUACUUACGUUCACUAAGGAACACUGGCUCUGCUUUGCUUCAGUUCGCCACCGGAGAAACUGAUCUCCAUCCACACAACCACCACCUUCCACCACUCCCGCCGUCGCCUCCACGGCGAGUCACCGCCCCUCAACCGCCGCCGCCGCCGCCGCCGCCGAUGAGUCCCACAUCCUGGACGACCUCCACCAACACUACCACAUCCUCUGCCCUCCCACCGCCGCCGCCGCCGCCUCCUCCACCGCCGCCUCCGGCGGCAUCAAACUGGGAUUUCUGGGACCCGUUUGUGCCGCCUCCGUCAUCUUCGAGGUCGGUGACGGAGGAGGAAUGGGACGAGACGACGGUUACGUCGGAGGUGGCGGUGACGGCCACCGUUGGGGCGGCGAGCGUGGCGGCGAGCGUGGCGGCUCCGCCGUCUGUGGUGAGCCAGUUUUCGAAAGAGACGACAACUACUAGUGAGCUAGCGGUGGUUGUUUCUACGAAGGGAAAAGACUUAGUGGAGAUCAUCAAAGAGCUUGAUGAGUACUUUCUUAAUGCUGCUGAUGCAGGUGGACAACUCUCAUUGCUCUUGGAAGUUCCCAAUUGUGCUUUUUCUGAACAAAGAUCUUCAGAUAAGUUGAUGAGUCCUUUUUCAUGGUCAUUUGGUGGAAGUUCAAGAUGGAAUGGAAUUGGAAGAUUUUGUGAUGAUCCAAUGAACAAAUCUAUCAAUGGGGCAAAUGGUACCAAAGCAGCUUCGCACUGUUCCACUGUGGAGAGGUUACAUGCUUGGGAGAAGAAGCUCUAUCUGGAGGUGAAGCACGCCGAGGCACUAAAGUUGGAGCAUGAGAAAAGGGGAGCAAACGCAAGGAAGCUAGAGAUGAAGAGGGCUGAUUACGUGAAGACAGAGAAAGCCAAGAAGGAAGUAGAGAAGUUGGAUUCACAAAUGAUGGUGGCUUCACAAGCCAUUGAGACCACAUCAGCUGAAAUCAUCAAAUUAAGGGAGUCAGAGCUCUAUCCACAACUCGUUGAACUGGUCAAAGGGUUGAUGUAUAUGUGGAGAAGCAUGUAUGAAUGUCAUCACGUUCAGACUCAUAUAGUCCAGCAGCUGAAGUAUCUCAAUACCGUGCCAUCAACUUAUCCUACCUCUGAGCUUCAUCGACAAUCAACACUACAACUUGAGCUUGAACUUGAACAAUGGCACCUAUCUUUUUGUAACCUAGUGAAAUCUCACCAGGAUUAUAUUCAGUCUCUUACCGGCUGGCUCCGUCUUAGCCUCUUCCAACUUGGCAGCAACCCUGUCCAUAAGACCGAUCAGGACAAUGCAGUUUACUCCCUUUGUGAAGAGUGGCAUCUUGCUGUCAACAAUGCUCCAGACAAAGUAGCGUCGGAAGGAAUCAACAGUCUACUAACUGUUAUCCAUGCCAUUGUGGUGCAGCAAUCAGAAGAGCUCAAGCAAAAGAAGAAGUCAGAGAUGGCAUUUAAAGAGCUCGACAAGAAGUCUUCUGAGCUUCGGUCAUUAGAGUCCAAGUAUGGUCCUUAUUCUGUACCUGAUUCCUCUGGCAAUACAAGGAGCAAGAACCCUGUGACCGAGAAACGAGCUAAGGUGGAUGCAAUAAGAACAAAAGCCGAGGACGAGAAGGCAAAGUAUGACAAAGCAGUGAGUGUAACUAGGGCAAUGACGUUGAACAAUCUACAGAUGGGUUUACCGCAUGUUUUUCAGGCUGUGACGGGUUUCGCCAAUGUAUGGACACAUGCAUUUGAGUCGGUAUAUAAUCAAGCUAAAAAUACUGAUCAGGUGAAUGAAAUGAAGAGGAUUUUGCCUUAAGAUACCGAGCGUUUACCUGUGGUCCAUGCAGCCAGCAGGAAAAAUGUAUAUAUGUGUUCUUGAAUUUCCCCUUCCUGGAACCUAGAGGGUUUCCCAGUAUGUGCCAUAAUUUAUUGGGGAACUUAGAAAUGCGGAUUUUCAUGAAAGUGAGAAAAAGAGAUGAUUACGUUUAAGCAAUCAUCGACAAUGUAGGUAUGGCUGGCUGAUGGAGGUAGAUGAUAGAUGUCGCUAGCGUUUGGCAUUAGAGGAUGUUAGGAUUUUUGAAGUAUGUUCUAGCUUUGCUCGGAAAACAGUUACUAGUGUUUUCCAUUUUUCCCUUUGGAUUAGAUGUUGGGAAAAGUGGUUUAAAGAAAGUUGCAUUUAUAUGUACUUCUGUGGUGUUUUCAA